AUGAUUGUUUCAAAAAAUCAACGGAACUGCCUGUGUUUGAACGUUAGUGAUUCAAAUCCUGCAAAGUGUUCACAACGAGAACAAAGAGGUUUCAUUCAGACAUUUCGUCGAGCAAUUGGGCUGCUAGCUCAAGACAGGUCGGGAACUCGUCCCAAGCUCGCCGAGACGGGGUUUCAACCCGUCCUGCCAACAUCCCACACACACAAAAAAGGAAUUACCUGGGCCUUCCUCCUUCCUCCUUUUCUGCAGCAACAGAAACAGCAGCAACACGCCGGCGAGAUCGAGUCGGUGGCGGGAUCGGUCGGCCUUCACCUUCCGUUCUUCUUCUUCUCCGCAGCAGCAGGUGGCGGUACACUCUUCUUCCUCCUCCUCCGCGAGUUCAGAGCAGAAUCAGGCCGCCGGAGUUAA